ACUCUGGAGCUGGGAUCCAGCACUAAAAUUGACCAGGAACCUGGGAUCUGGCACCGUUAUUAACCCAAUAAUCAUGUUCUGGGCUCAGAACUGAGCAGGGAUCUGGGAUCCAUCCCCACCUUCCAACUCAAACACUGGGAAUCCAAUACCGAAACCCACCAGCGGCCGGUGAAUCCCCUGGGAUCCCGACUGGGAUCAGGGCUGGAACAUCACCGGGUUCCAUUUGGAUCCAUCGGGACCCAUCAAGAUCUAUUGGGACCUAUUGGGAUCCACGGGGAUCCGUCAGGAUCGGGCGAUGCCUCGCGCCUUCCUGGUGAAGAAGCCGAGCGUGGCCUCGGCCAAGCGCAACUGGAGCGAGCUCCCGGAUGAGCAGCGUGCGGAGAUCUACGUGCCCAUCUUCCUGGGGGGCUGCCCCCUGCGCAGGGACCCCGAGCCCGCCCUGGGGGAGGCCCCCGCAUCCCCCGUGUCCCCCCUCGACAUGACGCUGCCCCCCCCGGCCCCCCGCGCCCCCCCCGGCCCCUUCCUGCACCCCAAGGGCAAGGUCCCCCCCGGCCCCCUGGGUGCCCCCAUCCCCGCAGCUCUCCCCAUGGCUGGGGGGGUCCCGGGGGGGGUGCCGGUGGCCGGGGGCGUUCCGGGGGGGCCCGAGGUCUUCUCCUGCCCCGUGUGCCAGAAGAGCUUCGGGUUCCAGCGGAUGCUGAACCGGCACCUCAAGUGCCACAGUGAGGUGAAGCGGCACCUCUGCCCCUACUGCGGCAAGGGCUUCAACGACACCUUCGACCUCAAGCGUCACGUCCGCACCCACACCGGCGUGCGCCCGUACAAGUGCAGCCUGUGCGAGAAGGCGUUCACGCAGCGCUGCUCGCUGGAGUCGCACCUCAAGAAGAUCCACGGGGUGGCGCAGCGCUACGCCUACAAGGAGCGGCGCGCCAAGCUCUACGUGUGCGAGGAGUGCGGCGGCACCGCCGAGAGCCAGGACGGGCACAUCGCGCACCUGCGGCAGCGCCACCCGCACAGCCCGCUCCUGGCCAAGCUGGCGCGCAAGGCCGCCACCAACCCCCCCCCGGGCCCCCCCCGCAUGGCCCCGCCCCCUUGA